AACCGUUUGAAGGCGGCUGUUCCAGAUUUAGGCGUUACGUUAGAAAUAUGGUGUUAGACUAUGAUUCAGAUGUAUCUGACGGCAGUGCUCCAAUUGGAGAAGAAAGAGAUGAAUCUUCAGACCUCAACUCGUCUAGUGAUGGUGAGGAACGAAAUCGUGUAACACAGAGGAAUAUUUUUGGAGAUGAUACUGAUAGUGAUAAAGAAAUACAACCAAGGCAUAAACAACCACGUUUUAAAGAAGAUAGUUCCGAAGAAUCAGACCACGAAAAUCAACUUAAUGACAACGCUUCGGAACAACAGGAAACAGAAAACGAUUCAGAUAACUCACCUAGCCAAAAUUCUUUGAAAAGAAGACUUCAAGAUAUCCGAUCCUCUUCUAGUAGUCCUAAUAAUAAUGGUUCUCGGCAAGAUGAUGGUAGUGAGACGGGUGACAAUGGGUCACAAUUAGAUGAUAUGGCCAAUUCUAAUGAUAAUGAAGGCCAUAGAAGUAAUACUGACGAUGUAGAGGAUGAUUUGGCGCAUGAACCGGACGAAACAAGAAUAUCUGUUGACUUUCCACUGAUUCGUGCGGAUUUAGGCAGGGAGGUACAUCUGGUAAAAAUGCCUAAUUUUUUGUCGGUUGAAACUCGUCCGUUCGACCCUAACUUUUACGAAGAUGAACUGGAUGAAGAUGAAAUUUUAGAUGAAGAAGGACGAACACGUUUGAAACUAAAAGUCGAAAAUACUAUACGUUGGAGGAUUGGUAAGACACCUGAUGGUGAAAUGAUUCACGAAUCAAAUGCUCGUAUUGUUCGUUGGUCGGAUGGUUCUCUGUCGCUACAUCUUGGGGACGAAAUUUUCGACAUACACAAAGUAGAUAUUCAGUCAGACUAUAAUUAUCUGUUCAUACGAGAAGGUAGUGGUUUACAAGGACAGUCAAGUUUAAAAACCAAAUUAACAUUCAGGCCACAUUCAACAGAUUCAUUUACGCAUCGUAAAAUCACAUUAUCACUAGCAGAUAAGACAAAUAAACUACAAAAGGUCAAAAUUCUUCCUGUUACGGGUGCUGAUCCAGAAUCAAAUCGUAAUGUGCUUGUGAGGAAAGAGGAGGAGAAAUUGCGUGCUACACUCAGACGCGAAAGUCAGUUACGGCGUAUGCGUGAAAAGCAGGCCAUGUCAAGAAGUAGUUUUGGUAGUGAACGUAGGCGAAGUUACGGAGAGGAUGAUGAUGAGGAUGAUGGUAAUACAACAUCUCUAAAUGCAUUAAAAAGAAAUGCGAAAAACUCAUUGUUGGCUGCACGUAAAGAUGUUGCUGCAAUUUAUUCAUCUGAUGAGGAAUCUCUAAGUGAUAUAUCAGAACCUCGAUCACGUAAGAAAGUAAGAGCGAAAAUAAGUGAUGAAGAGGAAAGCGACUAAAAUAAAUUACUUUUCCACUGUUUUCAUACGAUAAAUUGUACAUAAUUUAUUUAUUAAAAAAAUAAACAACUUCCUUUAUCAUAA